UUCAACAUUCGACCUUAAUCAACAAUGGCGUUCCUGUCCUCAUUGAUGCCGCCGGCGUCGUCGAUCUUCGCCGCCUACGCGUCGGCGACGACCUUCAUCAUGAUGCUCCAGACGAUGCUGAAGCAGCUGAUUCCGGCGAGCCUGCAACAGUACAUAAUCUCCGCCGUCCACCACUACUUGUGGCGGCGCGUCGACAGCGACACCACCGUCAUCAUCGAGGAGAACGACGACAUGAUCACCAACGAAGUGUACGGCGCCGCCGAGCUCUACCUCUGCACCAAAAACGGACGCGACAUCCAGAACAUGAAAAUCUCCAAACGCUACAGCGACACCGAUUUCCGCGUCCGAUUCGCGCAGUCCGAAUCCGUCGUCGAUUCCUUCCAAGGUAUUCGUCUUGUCUGGAAAUUCGUCGAGAAGGUCCAGGAGAAACCUAAUUUGAUGUACGAAGAUUCCGACACCGGAAAUUCCAACAAAAAGCGCCACUUCAAACUCUGCUUCGACACGAAGCACAAGGCGACUGUCCUGGAAACCUACGUUCCGUACAUCCUCGAAUGGGCGAAUUCGAUUAGGUCAAAAAGGAAAGUGAUAAAACUCCACACUCUUUCCUCGUCGUCCUGUUCUUCCUCGAUUUCAUGGGAUCGGAUCAAUCUAGAACAUCCUUCGACCUUCGAGACGCUCGCGAUGGAGCCGGCGGAGAAGAAGUGCAUAAUUGAGGAUUUGGACAGGUUUUUGAGGAGGAAAGAAUUUUACAGGAAGGUAGGCAGGGCGUGGAAGAGAGGUUACCUUCUGUACGGUCCUCCCGGCACCGGAAAGUCCAGCCUUAUUGCCGCCAUGGCUAAUUACCUCAAAUUCGACAUCUACGACCUCGAACUCUCCAAUGUCCGACAGGAUUCCGAUUUAAGGAAAGUUCUCCUCCGGACAGCAAACAAGUCUAUUCUCGUCAUUGAAGACAUCGAUUGCACCGUCAAGCUCCCCAACCGGAAUUGUCCAACGGACGACGACGACGACGACGACAACGAGUGCAUUCCCAACAAUUCCACUUCCAGCGAAAAGCAGCAGUUCACACUAUCAGCAUUACUAAACUUCAUCGACGGCCUAUGGUCGAGCUGCGGCGACGAGCGAAUUAUAAUCUUCACCACCAACAAGAAGGAAAAGCUCGAUCCGGCAUUGCUCAGGCCGGGCCGAAUGGACAUGCACAUCCACAUGUCCUAUCUCACGCCAGCAGGCUUCAAACUUCUCGCAUCGACAUACCUCAAUGUAAACGAUCCUGAUCAUCCUCGCUUCCCGGAGAUCGAAGGCCUAAUCGAGGAGAUGAAAGUUACCCCGGCCGAGGUCGCGGAGGAGCUAAUGAAGAGCGACAAUGCCGAAACAUCGCUUGAAGGGCUCCUUAAUUUUCUCAAAUGCAAGAAAACGAAGAACCAAUGAGGGAUUGAGCAUAGAAGAGGUUAACUUGUGACCACAUUGUUCGAGUAGGAUAGUUUGUUUUUGUUAAAACUAUUGCUUGAUUUUGAGUUGUAAAAGUUCAGUAGUUUUUAAUUUCAAGUUAGGUUCAAUUUCGACGAUCUUUCCAUUUGGUAAAAUUUGCAAUUCAA